GUACAGUUGUUCACAGUACCAUUUCAUUAAUAGUGGUCGGUCGGUUGUCAAUGGUCGGUUACCUAUAAAUGGAAAUUUUCUUGAUUGUCGCGUAACGCGUUGGUCAUCGUUUAUAAGAACGUCGUAGGUGCAUGAGCACUACUACAUCCAAUUUCUUGGUGUUUAUCGCACCCUGUACCUCACGGCGGGCGUGCACGUUUCUCCACUCGCAUUGGGAGUUGUAUCCAUUGGGGACAAAUAACAGCAAUACUGGAAUGGGCGCAAUGGACAAGGAGUCUUCAAUGAAGCUGCUAGACGCAUAUUAUGAUGCGGGCGGGAAUUUAAUCGAUACUGCGAACAAUUACCAAGACGAAAGCUCAGGAAAUCAUCGGCGAGUGGGCGGAAAAGCGCGGUAUUCAUGACCAGCUGGUUAUUGCUACAAAUGUAUAUUGUUCAUGACGCUUCACGGGAAUUCUCUUCGAGCUAAUGGUUAUAAU